AUGGAUAAGCUACUCCACAGAUAUGGGAUAACUCACAAAGUGGCCACACCAUACCAUCGUCAAACCAAUGGCCAGGAUGAAUUGACAAACAGAGAGUUAAAAAGAAUUCUAGAGAAAACGAUUGGAGUUACACGAAAAGACUGGGCAAGGAAGUUGGAUGAUGCCCUUUGGGCAUAUAGAACUGCAUUCAAAACCCCAAUUGGGAGGUUACCAUUUCAGCUAAUCAAUGGCAAAUCUUGCCACCUCCCUGUGGAGCUCAAGCAUAAGGCUUUCUGGGCCACUAAGCUCCUCAAUCUUGAUUCUCAAGCAGCAGGAGAGAGAAUAUUAUUACAACUCAAUGAAUUAGAUGAAUUCAGACUGGAAGCUUAUGAAAAUGCUAAGAUAUACAAGUAG